AUGUCAACACUUCUCACCCAGGCAGCUCCCAACAGCAGCACCACAAUGGCUCCCACCUUCCUGCUGAUGGGCAUGCCAGGCCUAUCAGCUGCACCAUCCUGGUGGACAAUACCUUUGGCCACUGUCUACCUCCUCUCUGCUGUGGGCAACGGUACUAUCCUUUGGAUCAUUGCCCUGGAGCCCUCGCUCCAUCGUCCAAUGCAUUUCUUCCUGUUCCUGCUCAGUAUAUCAGAUGUUGGUUUGACCACAGCCCUAAUGCCCACCUUGCUGGGCCUGGCCCUUGCUAAUGUUCGUGCUAUUCCUGCCUCAGCCUGCCUCUUACAGAUGUUCUUUGUCCAUGUCUUUUCUGUCAUGGAAUCCUCCGUCCUGCUGGCCAUGGCCUUUGAUCGGGCACUGGCCAUCUGCCGCCCACUCCACUACCCAGCAAUCCUCACCAAUGGUGUAGUCAGCAGGAUCGGUUUGGCCAUUGCUUUCCGAUGCCUGGGUAUCCACUUGCCUUUGCCCUUUCUGCUGGCCCACAUGCCAUAUUGCCACCCACAGAUCCUGACUCAUUCUUAUUGCCUGCAUCCAGAUAUGGCCCGUCUGGCUUGCCCAGGAGCUCGGGGCACGUUCUACAGCUUCGUAGUGGUCCUGUCAGCUAUGACUUUAGACCCCCUGCUUAUUUUCUUCUCUUAUGGCCUGAUUGCCAGGGCGCUGCACAGUGUGGCAUCCAGUGAGGAUCGCUGGAAGGCUGCUCAGACCUGUGCCGCUCACCUCUCUGCUGUGCUCCUCUUCUACAGCCCUAUGAUUCUCUUGGCCUUGGUCAACUGGCUCAGGCUGCCGCUCCCUCAGCCCGCACACACUCUUCUCUCCUAUGUCCACUUCCUGCUGCCCUCCCUGAUAAACCCUGUCCUCUACAGUGUCAAGAUGAAGGAGAUUAGAGAGAAGAUACUAAAGCACCUGCAAUGCGGGAAGGUGAGCUGCGCUCGGUGA